AUGCUCGAGCUGGACAUCUACCUUGUAUGUGCAAGCCUCCUACCCCUCGUCCUCCUCAUCAGCUACUUCAUCACUGCCAUCGUACCCAUCCUAUCACAUCGCAAAUGGUCCCACAUCCUCCCCUCGUGGGUUGCCAUCUUACUCACAGACGUCAUCUCCGACGAAGACAUUCGCGGGCUUGAAGAGGAGGAACACAAGGAAGAAGACAAGCGCAAGAGUCAGCUCACGCCUCUUCAGCGGCAGAGGGAAGACCAGGCCUCGCAGCAGCACGCAGCUCAGAAUGGUCCAGCUACAGAAGCUACGCCCCUCUUGGUCAAACCUGGCCAAGAUCAAGGGGUGCGGUCCUCCCGACCUGGCCAUCUAGCCACUCGGGCAUCCUUGGCAAUCAUUGCGAUGCUCCAAUUCUGUGGCUGGGUAGCUGCUCUGACCUAUGGCCUCCAAGGUAGCCAGAACCUCAGACAGCUCAGCUUCACUGCAGUCGUCGUCGUCCAGCUACUGGCCACAGUAUAUGCAGUGACCGUACCCUACGAUCUCUUCGUCCUCUACUCAGUCCAAGCACUGGGCAGCGUCCUUGGGCUUCAUCUCACAUGGGCCUCUGGAGGCAGGCGGCUCUCAGCCAUCUUUACGCAACUCUCCGGUCUCACGCAGCUUGCAUCCUUCGCCUUAACGAUGAUCGCCCUCACCAUCAUCGUGUCCAUGCCCCUUGCCGAUCCUCACAAGGACCAGAGUGUUGAUGCCCUAGGUCGGCCCUCUGCAGCCGAAGACGAGUGCACCCUCUGGGAAUGGAUGACCUUCUCCUGGAUGACUCCCCUGAUCUCGGUAGCAGUACAGCGGACUCUUGAAAAGGGCGACGUAUGGCAGCUGAGUAAGGGAUGUCGCAGCUCCCUCCUCCUGCGCAAAUUCAAGGAAUUCAAAGCAUCCAGCUUGGCAUGGCAGAUUAUCAAGGCCAACAAGCACGACGUCGUACUCGACGCGGUCCUGACCCUCGUGUCCAGCUUCCUCUCCUACGCGUCUCCCUUUUUCCUGAAGCGCAUUCUGGAUGCCAUUGAGACAUCUUCUUCCCCUCAUCCCCCUCCGAACUCCACGCCCAAGUCCACCGCCUACCUCUUUGCUCUCCUGGCUCUCAUUGCCGGCGUGCUCAAGUCGCAGGCUGAUCUGCAACAUCUCUUCUAUGGCCGUAGGGGAUCGAUCCGUAUCAGGGGACAACUCAUCGCCUCCGUAUACGAAAAGGCGCUGAGGACCAGGGAUAUGACCGGCGUACUCGGAGAGCAGAAGGAUAAGAGCCCGGAAGACGGUUCCAAGACUCCGAGCAAUGGCAAAGCUCCCACGUCUGCGCCCGAGCAGAAGAGCAAGGAUUCAGAAGCCACGAACGACGCCUCUGUGGGACGGAUUGUGUCUCUGGCAGCUGUAGACGCUAUUCGUAUCGGACAACAGUGCGCCGGAGCGUAUAUGCUCUACUCCGCCCCCAUCGAAUUCGUCAUUGCAUCUCUCUUCCUCUACAAGCUGUUGGGGCUUUCAGCCUUUGCAGGAUAUCUCGUACUCAUCGUUGCUUCGCCGCUCCAGUCGUCCCUGACUCGUCGCAUGAUCAGGAUCUCCAAGUCGCUCUCGGCAGCUAGGGACAAGCGGUUGAGUUCCCUUAACGAGCUCAUCUCGAAUCUGAAAUUCGUCAAGUAUUAUGCCUUUGAAGAGGAGAUGAGGCGGCGAGUCCUUGAUUUGAGAGAGGUCGAGCUGGCUUGGCUGAAGAAGAGGCAGAUCAAUUCUGCAAUCAUCAUGGCAUUGUGGACCUUGACCCCCGCCGGUGUCACGACGGUCAGCUUUGCAUGCUACGUGCUGAUCGCUAAGAAGGAUCUCGAUGUCCCCACAGCUUUCACAAGCAUCGCCCUCUUCGGUCUCUUGAAGGCCCCUCUCAACACAUUGCCGGUCCAGAUUAAUGAGCUGCUGAAUGCCAAGGUAUCCUCGGACCGUAUCGCGGAGUUCCUCGAUGCAGACGAAGUGCCCGAAAACGUUCUCUGCCUCGACGGUGGAGAGGGCCUGUCAACAGGGUCCACCCCACCCUUUGGCUGUGAAAAUGCGACCUUUGGCUGGCCAGAAGCGCCCGUCUCCCUCCUCUCAGCUGCUCCAGGAGCUCAGCCAAGCAUCAAGGCGCGAGGUGCAGCUUCGCUGAAGAAGGUCAUGUCGCGAAUGUUCAAGCGACCAGUAGAUGAAGGCGGUGAAGGUCCGACGGCCAGCUCGCCACUCCUUGGGCACGAUCAAGACCACAGCGUCGAUGGUACUGACACCCCCGAGAGUGUUGCGCACGCUGCAGCCCCAUUUCAGCUGUCGGACAUCACCUUUCUUCCUCCCUCAGGUCGACUGUCCUUGGUCAUUGGCCAGACUGGCAGCGGCAAAUCUGCGCUCUUGACCGCUCUAUUGGGUGAGAUGAAGUUGCUCGAGGGCACAAGUCACCUCCACAAGUCCAAUCAGAUCAACCCUUCCACCGGCUUCAGCUCGACGAUUGCGUAUUGCGCGCAAUCGCCCUGGCUGCAACAUGCCUCAAUCCGAUCGAACAUCCUCUUCGGCUCUCCCUUUGAGCUGUCUAGAUACAAUGCUGUCUUGGACUGCUGUGCUUUGCGACCUGAUCUGGAGAUCCUAGGCGGCGACUCGACAGAGAUCGGUGAGAAGGGGGUCAGUCUAAGUGGGGGUCAGCAGGCUCGAGUCGCACUGGCCCGCGCCGUCUACUCUCGAGCAGCCACGGUGCUGCUGGACGACCCGCUCUCCGCUGUCGAUGCUCACACGGCCAGUCACUUGGUACGAGCAUGUCUCAGUGGGUCAUUGAUGAAGGGCCGAACGGUGGUCCUGGUGACGCAUCACAGUGAGCUCGUGCUUGGUGAAAAAGCAGCGCAAUGGGUCGUCAAGCUCGCCGAGGGACGCAUAGUAGCCCAAGGCACGCCAGAAGAGCUGCAGUCCUCCGGCAAUCUCGAGAGGGAUAUUCAUCAAGAAACGCCAGAUGAAGAUGACAAGGUCGAGACGAUUGAGAAUACUGCUGAGCAACAAGCAGCGGAAGAGCUGCGAGGAGAGGAGAGCACCGCUCGCAAGUUGGUGCAAGAGGAGCAUCGAGCUAAAGGUGGAGUCAAGAGAGAGGUUUACAAGCUCUACCUCGAUGGAGUUGGCUGGGGCAUCGCUGCAUUGGUGAUCCUAUCGCUCAUCGCCUACAAGGGCACUGAUCUAGCCGAAAAGGGAUGGCUUGCCGUCUGGGGAGCUUCGUCUUCGAUGAGAGACAAGGCUGGUGCAGACUUCACUUCGUCCUUCUUCAAUGGCAGCAUUAGCCCUCCGUUCUCCCACGACUAUGUCUGGGCGGCGAAUGCCUUCACGUCACCAAUGCUCCUUGUCCAUCCCGAGGUGGCUGUGACUGCAAAUCUCAACGACGGAGGCGUAAUGAGCUCUUCGCUCCUGCCACCGGCACACGAGUCUCCUCUGCCUUACAUCUUCAUCUUCUUCGGCAUCCAGCUCCUGGCAGCUGGGACGAUCAUCGCCUCUGCUCUGUUGACGUACUAUGGCUCUUUGCGUGCCUCUCGCGCUCUCUUCGCCAGAAUGCUGACAUCGACAAUGGGCGCUACGGCAAGGUGGCUCGACACGACCCCCACGGGUAGAAUUGUCAACAAGUUCAGCCGAGAUAUCGAGGUGCUGGACUCGAACAUCAGCAACUCGCUCCGCUACUUUAUUUCAUUCGUCAUCGCUGGAAUCAUCUCCGUCGUGACGGUUGUGGUUGUCUUGCCUUCGUUCAUCAUCCCGACUGCGAUCCUCGGUGCAGCCAACUACUACGUCGCGAGGGGCUACAUUCGCGCUGCUCGUGAUCUCCGUCGACUCGAGAGCGUUUCGCGCUCCCCAAUUUUCAGCGCCUUUUCUGAGCUCUUGCAAGGCAUCUCGACGGUGAGAGCCUUUGGCAGCGAGAAACGUAUGCUGCGCGAGUGCACAGAGAGGAUCGACUUGGCAAACUCGUUCUUCCUGUACUUCUGGAUGACCAACCGCUGGUUGCUCUUCCGACUCGACCUCCUCGGAGCCCUCGCCGUCUUCCUUGCCACCUGUGCUGCGCUCCGAGGGUCCAUCGCUGCUGGUAUUGCUGGACUGGCUCUCACGCAGGCGCAAGGUGUCAUCCAAGCCAUGUACUGGCUCAGUCGCUUCUACACUAAUCUAGAGCAGGAUGCUAAUUCGAUCGAACGCAUUCGAGAGGCGCUCGACGAUGUACCACAAGAGCCGCCUGCGAUCAUCGAAGGCAACCGUCCACCUGCAGACUGGCCUAACAAGGGUCGUGUCGAAGUCAAGGAUCUAGUUCUGCGCUACGCGCCCGAUCUUCCUCCAGUCUUGCACGGCAUCGACUUUACCAUUCAGCCAGGGGAGAAGGUGGGCAUCGUCGGCAGGACGGGAAGCGGUAAGUCCACCACCGCGCUUGCGUUCUUCCGCUUCGUCGACUUCGACAAGGGCUCGAUUCACAUUGAUGGUGUGGACAUUAGCUCCAUUGGCUUGUACGAUUUGCGAUCGAAGAUCACCAUCAUCCCGCAAAAUUCCGUCUUGUUCAGUGGUACAAUCAGGAACAACCUCGAUCCUUUCGAUGAGCAUACCGAUGAAGAGUGCGUCGCUGCGCUUGAAGCUGUUAAUAUUCGCACCACUCCUGUGCCUUCCGCCCAGCCAAGUCGGUCCGCCAGUCGAGCGACGUCCAUCAAGGGCGGCGUCCAAGGUAGCAGCCGUAAGCUUCUACGCCCCUUUUCUGCCAUCAAUGCAGACGCUUCCGUCGAGAACAGCGACAAUGACGAGGAGCAGGAGCGCCCAUCAGCGCUCAACGAGAGCCAGACGUACGUCACCCUCGACACGCGCGUCUCGGAGCAAGGAGGCAACUUCUCCCAAGGGCAGCGACAGCUCCUGGCUAUGGCUCGCGCACUGCUCCGUCGCUCCCAGGUGAUUCUCAUGGAUGAAGCUUCUUCCGCGGUGGACUUUGCGACGGACAACCUCAUCCAGUCGACCAUCCGCAACGGGUUCGCAUCGGCUACGGUUAUUACCAUUGCUCAUCGGCUGCACACGGUGGCUUACGCGGACAAGGUGCUCGUGCUCUCUGAUGGACGAGUGGAAGAGUUCGACAGCCCCAAGCGGCUGUUGGAGGACACCAAGGGCGCUUUCUACAGCAUGUGUGAGAAGAGUGGAGAUUUCGCUGGACUGAAAGCGGCAGUGGACGAGGCAGAGAGGGGCAGGGAGCAGAAGAAGUAG